GUUGUUCCCAUUUCCCAGUCAAGAACUCAGGAUGAACAAGCUUCUAUCUAUCUCUUUGCUAUUCCUACUCUCGUGGUCUAUGCCGGCGAUCUCUUCCUCCUCCCGUGUCCCUUGUUACAAAUCCAUUUUCAGCUUUGGCGACUCCUUCACCGACACGGGUAAUAACCCCAUCGUCUUCGAAUGGUACUCCAUCUUCGACCCCGUGACGCGUCCUCCCUACGGCACCAGCUUCUUCGGCCUCCACACUGGCCGCAACGGCGAUGGACGUCUCAUCAUCGACUUCAUCGCUGAGAACUUGGGCCUACCAUAUGUCCCAGCCAACCUGGCGCACAACGGCAGCUUCCGGAGUGGCGCCAACUUCGCCGUCGGUGCGGCAACCACAGUGGAUGCUGGUUUCUUCCACGAGAGAGGUAUCCCGAGUACCACCAGCAAGUUCCCGUUGAACACCAGCUUAGGUGUGCAACUAGAGUGGUUCGAGUCCAUGAAGCCUUCGUUGUGCCGUACAGCCCGAGAGUGCAAGAAGUUUUUUGGCACGUCCCUCUUCUUCGUGGGGGAGUUUGGAGUCAAUGAUUAUCACAUGUCGUUCCAACGGAGGACGGUUCAGGAAGUCAGGUCCUUCGUUCCUGUUGUCGUCGCCACCAUUUCCAAGGCCAUCGAGAGGCUCAUCACCAAGCACGGGGCGAGGAACCUGGUUGUCCCUGGUGUGAUUCCGUCGGGAUGCUCGCCGCCGAUCCUGACCAAGUUCGCCGACGUCUCACCAGCAUCAGCAUACGACUCCAGGACCGGCUGUCUGAAAGCGUAUAACGAGCUGGGGUUGCACCACAACUCGCUGCUGCAGGCUGAGCUGGACAAACUCCAGGCCAAGCACCGGAACGUCAGGAUCAUCUACGCCGAUUUCUUCGGCCCAAUCAUGGACAUGGUGGAGUCGCCUCACAAGUUUGGUUUCGAAGAAGACAUUCUUAUAGUCUGUUGCGGAGGUCCUGGAAGAUAUAGAUUAAACUCAACAGUCCCAUGCGGCGAUGCUGCGGCAACAAUGUGUCAGGAUCCAUCAGCUCGGUUGUACUGGGAUGGCGUCCAUCUGACGGAGGCAGCUAACCGCCACAUCGCCAAUAUCUGGCUGGGCAGCAUAAACUCGGCAACAAGAGUCAGCAGCAGCAAGUGUGCAAAUGGACCAUGUCGACCUAGUGGAUGAAACUCAUUUCUACCUCCCACGUCCCAAGGUUGCUUUAAGAUUUCUUCCGAACCUAAUGUAUUUCUAUGUAUUCAAAAUCUUCUGCAGGCAAUAUAAAUAAUUUUUGGGGUUCUAAUCACUAU